AUGAACGGAGACACUGAGAAGGAUAAAAAUCUGGUUGUUGGUAGUAGUGGGAGUGAGGAUCCACACUCGAUGGUCGGCGGAGCGAAUGGAGGCGGACAGCGAGCAGGCGGAGAGGCUGGAAAGCAGGCGAGACAGGAUUCGAUUUCUAUGUUUACGAAUUUUGGGCAGCCGAGGUUUUCGACGGAUGCUUCCAUCUCGUCUUUUCUGAAUAUUUCGGAGCGUCCUUCGAUAAGCGGGCCGAACGAUUUGUCGCAGAUUGGGAGAGGGUUUUCCAUCGUUAACAACUUGUGGUCGAACCAGCCGGCGGUUCCUCCGUCGGCCCAGCAGCAGCAACCACAGCAGCAGUUUAAUACCAUCCGUAGACAGAGCGAGACGCUGGAGCCGUUCAUGCCACCUCGGUUCAGGAAUCCAACUUUCUCGUCCAAGAGCGGGGCUCCUCAGCAGCAACAGUCACAGCAGAACUCUCAACAACAACAGCAGCAGCAAUAUAGGCAGCAACAGCCUUCGUCGAAUCGCAACUCCAUCUACUUUGGUCCGAACGAGCCUCCUGACCUGGAGUUUUUCCACCCUGCUAAUCUAUCCUCGGCGCAGCAGGGCAAGAGAGAGUCUUCUGUGAACCCAAUGAAACCACCUAUGUUGGUGCCGCUGUCUGGCGGCACGUCAACACCCCCCUUGAAGUAUAAUAAUCCACCUGCCAGUGCAUCUCAGUCAGCGGCAGGUACGCAGCAACCGCAGGAUUUCGAUACUUUGUUUGCAAGUAACAAUGCGGGGUCGCUUCUGGGCUCGAGAAACAACUCAUUGAAGUUUAAUCCGGAGGAUUUCGAUUUCCAGUUCAAGAGGCGCGAUUCGUCGGUCAGGGCCACCUUGGAUAAUCAAAGGUAUAAUGUUGGAAACCAGAGUCCGGGAACGAUGUCAAACAACGAAGUAGUAGUGGAAGGUACUUCGCCCAAUGAACCUGAGGUCAAGAGACAAAAAAGGUCCAGCAAAGAACACUUAAGCGAUUUAAUAACUAAUCCAACACAUGACGCGCUUUCCAAGUUACCAAACUCCAUACUCGAUCCUACUGAUGCCACGACGUUGGAAGACUCCAAGCCACUAUUGGGUGUCACUAAAGUGGAUCAGCUGAUGCUAAUGAUUCAGGCAAGAAAGAAAGGAGUCACCGAGAAAGUGCCCACAACAGCAGACGGGAGGUUGCUGAUCGACGAAAACUCAAAUAUUUUACCGCCGUCGAACCAGUUGGUAGGCGGCGUCGAAAAACCAAAAGGUUCUCAUGGUGUUAAACAACACGAAUGUCCCUACUGUCAUCGUUUUUUCACACAGUCUACACAUUUAGAGGUCCAUGUUCGGUCGCAUAUUGGUUAUAAACCCUUCCAAUGCGAAUAUUGUGGAAAGAGGUUCACCCAGGGUGGUAAUUUACGCACGCAUCAAAGGCUACACACAGGUGAAAAACCCUACGAAUGCGAACUCUGCGGCAAGAGGUUCUCGAGAAAGGGUAAUUUGGCGGCGCAUAUCGUCACGCAUCAAAAGUUGAAGCCGUUUAUUUGUAAGUUAGAUGGUUGCAAUAAGACCUUCACUCAAUUGGGUAACAUGAAGGCCCACCAGAAUCGUUUCCACUUGAACACUCUGAACGAGUUAACUCAGAAACUGGCUGAAAUGGAUCCCAACGAAAACAUGGCUCCAAAGGAGAGGGAACUACUCGAUUAUUUUGCCUCAUUGUACAAGAAUUCCAACAAAGGUAUCAAGGGCAGAGGCAAAGGAAGUACCAGAGUCACUCAAACCGAUUUACGGCAACAACAGCAAGUACCGCCCCAUACCAUGGCCAUUCCAAGCAAAAGCCAAUUCGAAAACCCUUUAGCGGCCAGGGAGAUAGGCUCGAUGAAAACUCAGCAACUACCUCAACAGCAAGCAUCGCAGCAGCAGAACUCACCACAACUGGAACUGAAGAAUGACGCGGUAAUAAAUUACGGGUACCCUACCAUACCCCAAGCUAAUCAAACAAACUCCGAUCCUAAAACGGCAGCAUUACCUCUCACAAACCCAUCAUCUGCAUCUUCCGUGACAAACACAGGAUUUACUUUCUCGCUGGAUCAACCGGAUAAGCUGGACGACUCCGCUGAUGAUUCUCGAAAUACUUCGAAGGGACAGGUUCAAUUCAAGAACGUUAAUUAUAAGGGAUAG